UACCUGGCAUCACCGGUUCUAUGGACGCUGCCAUAUUGGCAUAGUGUUGUUCUAGAAUAGUCCUUGUUCAUGUGCUAACCGGUUGGGGAUUCAAUCCGUUUCCAUCUUAUUUUGAAACACACAAUCUACUGUUCAAGAUGCCUCAGAUAGUUGCAGCAGGAGGUAGCGGUGAUUCCGCGAGUAAAUCUGAGUACAAAGACAAGGAUAAACCAACUCAGAUCCGAUACAGCAACAUCACCGCCGCGAAAGCUGUUGCUGAUGCUAUUCGCACCAGCCUUGGACCAAGAGGGAUGGAUAAAAUGAUCCAAGCUUCCAAUGGAGAUGUCACGAUCACCAAUGAUGGAGCGACAAUCUUGAAACAGAUGCAGGUCUUGCAUCCAGCUGCCAAGAUGCUGGUUGAGCUGUCUAAGGCUCAGGAUGUUGAAGCUGGAGACGGAACCACUUCAGUUGUUGUAUUGGCUGGAAGUUUACUUGAUGCCAGCUCCAAUCUUCUUGAGAGGGGCAUUCACCCAACUGCUGUCUCCGAGUCAUUCCAGCGAGCUGCUGUGAAAGCCACAGAAAUCCUGGAGUCCAUGGUCACACCUUUAGAUUUGAAUGACAGAGAGUCAUUAUUGAAAAGUGCUUCCACAUCUCUCAACUCAAAGGUCGUUUCACAGUACUCUUCAAUCCUCUCCCCAAUUGCUGUUGAUGCUGUAAUGAAGGUUAUAGAUCCAGCAACUGCUAAAAAUGUUGAUCUCCAAGACAUCAAAAUUGUCAAAAAGUUGGGUGGAACCGUUGAGGACACAGAACUGAUUGACGGACUGGUCUUCACAAGCAGAACCUCUGGGGCAGGAGGACCCAACAAAGUAGAGAAGGCAAGGAUUGGUCUCAUCCAGUUCUGCAUUUCCCCUCCAAAGACUGAUAUGGACAAUCAAGUCAUCGUGUCAGACUACGCCCAGAUGGACAGAGUGCUGCGAGAAGAAAGAGCAUACAUCCUGGAUAUUGUGAAAAAGAUCAAAAAGGCCAACUGCAAUGUCCUGCUCAUUCAAAAAUCUAUUCUCAGGGAUGCUGUGUCUGAUCUCGCUUUGCAUUUCCUGGCCAAGAUGAAAAUUUUGGUUGUCAAGGAUGUGGAGAGAGAUGAUGUGGAAUUUGUAUGUAAGACUAUCGGCUGUCGCCCAAUCGCCAGUGUUGACCACUUCACCCCAGAGAAUCUCGGAACAGCAGAAUUGGUAGAAGAGGUACAGACCGGAAGCAGCAAAAUUGUGAAGAUGACGGGAAUCCAAGUUCCAGGCCAGACUGUGACUGUCCUCAUCAGAGGCUCCAACAAGCUGGUGCUUGAGGAGGCUGACCGUUCUCUCCAUGACGCUCUGUGUGUCAUCAGAUGUCUUGUCAAGAAAAGGGCACUGAUUGCUGGCGGUGGAGCACCUGAGAUUGAACUGUCAAUGAAGUUGAUGGAAUACGCCAACUCUCUGAGUGGCGUGGAGCAGUACUGUUUCCGUAGCUUCGCCGAAGCCUUGGAAGUGAUCCCUUUCACUUUGGCGGAGAAUGCUGGGCUCAACCCCAUUGCUACAGUCACAGAGCUGAGGACGAAACAUGCAAGUGGGGAAAGAACUGCUGGUAUCAAUGUGCGCAAGGGUGCGAUCACAAAUAUCUUGGAGGAGAAUGUAGUACAGCCUUUGUUGGUCUCCAUCAGUGCCAUUCAGUUGGCAGCUGAGACUGUUCGCAGUAUCCUCAAGAUUGAUGACAUUGUAAAUUGUAUGAGGAACUGAAGAAGGAGUGUGAUAAACCUGAUCAUCUCACCUCAUUUCUUAACUGACGCUCAUCAGCCUAUGUCACUCUUCAUCUGGAUUUGUAUAUUGACUUAGGAGUAUCUGGAACAAAUGAGUAAUUUUAGAGCAACAGAUGUCCACGUGCCCAGCUUCCUCGUAGUGUAUGGAGUUUGCCUAUGCACAGAAAUAUGCCUAAUUGGAUGGUUUUUUUACGCUCAUUGUUCAUUCUGUGAUGUGUGCUAUUGGUUUGCAUCGUUUUUUUUAGUCAUUAUUUAAAAUAAACCAUUGUGACUUCUUUUUUUUUCAAAA